CAAUUUAGCUUACAAUAUCUAAUACUGUUUUGGUGUCAUUUUUGCCUUGUGUGAAAUACUGCCAAAGCACACUUUGUGCUAAUAAGACAUGCUGUUUAAAUAUUCAUUGCGAGGGUGCACGGAUACAAAGUACAAUAUGCACGUACAAGCAUGAUAUUCUUUACAUACUAUUUCAUAUUUGUUCGCGCAACGAAAAGGGUAAUUCAUUCGCUGCUUUUAAACGACUGAUCUUCGAUAUAUAUUGUUAUGAGCACUAGCAUUGGCUUCGAUCGUAUCAAGCAUUGCUGUUUUCUCAAACGUCGUAAAUGCUGGUUGAUACGUUCGAGUGUUUUUUGUCAAUGAUCUUGAAUUCAACGAUAACUUAUGAGAUCUCUGACUUUUUUGGGGGCAGCACGUUUCGCGGAUGCGCUCCCAACCUUCUGAAGUUUUUCUGAAGGAGUAAUCACGUCUGUGAUGCGCCCCGCGUGUUUUAAGAUGACUGUCGUGCCGUAAUUACUUCAUGAUUGCUCAUGAAUUAAGUCCAUCAGUGGAAUAUAUUGGAUUGGGACUUCUGUGCACGAAAUGUAGAACACCACGGUUUUCAACUGCUAGUAUCGCACCUAAUUUUCUGGUUUAUCCGAAAAAACUUGAUCGGUCAACUUCUAUCGACUAUCUACGACCCUUAUUUCUUUUUUUAUAUGAUCUGUAUAUAUUUUCACAGAUAUAGAUGGGGUACUAUUUACAUUAUUCAAUUUUGUAUGGAAAAGUAUAUAUGAAAUAUCUCGGCGCUCUUACCUUGGAAGGAACCCGAAGUGUCCCCUAUUGGAAAGUUUACAUUGACCCUGUCACACAAAGCAUAAUUGUUGAAAGAACUUUAAAUCAUCAUUCAUUAGAAGAUGAUCAUUGUCGUCUGUAAGAGAACGUUUUGAAAAACUGACGUGCCCGUUCAACUAAUUUUUUUAAGAAUUGCAGUCGGUACACUUGAGACUUUUGCAAAGUCGCCCAAAACACGGAGAGGAUGCACAUGUUGGUAUAAAACAAGUCUGUUUGACGUGUCACCCGUUUUGGGCAGUUGCUUCAGACCUCUAAUAGUAUAUUAACAGGCCUGACAUAUACAGCAGUGCGUCGUCUAGCAGAUAUGUAGAUUCCACCGAAUUUGUAUUUGUGCUUUUUCGCGAUCAUUUGCCAUUAACAUUACAUAUGGACGCCUAAUAAAAGCCACUUAGUUUUUUGCCGUUAUUCCGUUAUGAAUAUAAUUGUGAAUCAGUUUCGGCACUCUGCGUUGCAGCUUUCUCUGAUUACGCGUUGUCUUUUGGAAGCUUCAUUCACCUCGCCCUGUUAAUACGAACUUUUAUUAUUUCUUAUAAUCAUAUCAUGAACGUAUCUUAGUUAAACUAUGACCCUGGUUGUCGUUUGAGUAGAACGUAUUGGUCAACUAGCUGGUUAUAUUAUAAAGCUCAAGUGUUCGUACGUGCGGUUUACAUUACGCAGUACUUGCAGAACAUUUCUAAAUAUAUAUGGUUUAGAUAAUAUUUGUGUUAUUGUAUUUUGGUAGUCGAUGUAUUUUGUAAAUCUGCACACCGCGUUUCCUCUACGUCAACAUGGAAUGUAUGGUCGCAUUUCCCUGCUGUCGAUUAUUCUGAUUGUUUACACUAUAUAGAACGGAUCCCCACCGAUUACAACCCGGUUAUUGACGUGGUACAAGGAGAUCGGAAUCUCAAUCGGCCCAGCGAGGACACUUCAUGUGUGGUAUGAGUUUGGUGUUUCUAGUACAUCGUUAAUUUUGGAAGUGUACGAGAUUGGAAUCUUCAGUAGUUAGUCACUGGGUACUUUUUACCUUUAUUGGUUUCUAUGGCGGUGCCACAUUAGUCGGCUUACUUUCACGUCGCAAAAGAGUUUUUUUUCUCUAGAUUUUCUGAAACGAUAUGAAGGUUACUUGUUGAACUCUAUGGUUCCGGCCAAAAUAGAAUUUGUGUUCUGCAUUUAUUUACUCUUAUCCACCUGAAGUUUUUCAAGCAGGGACUGCGAUGUUCGUCACUUACAAUCAGUAUAUAACAAAUUAAUAGCAUAAGUAUGUAUUCGGCUAGCGUCUGUGUGGCCUUUGUCUGGACCGUUUUAACUACAACCUUGCUUUGUCUAUAGUUGCUACUGUAACGCAUAGAUUACUAUCGAAAGUAUGUUUCGCAGCCGUUGCAUUCCGUACCUUUUCCUUUCUCCCUUCUUCUCGAAUAAUCGGGCUGGGGUUCGUUAAUGUGCAAGGGUCCAUCACAUAGCUCUAUGUUGGGAAAAGGUGUAAGCUUUAAAUUGGCUUCACGGUCUUUUGCUACCUUGCUUCAAUCCAGAGACGUGUUGGCGCAGGACAACUGCGGUGCAGCAGCAGUGAUAUACGCAGAACAGCAUAGUGCCCUGCGACCGGCAGUCUGUGGUAGCAUUUACGGAAAGAAUAACAGUGACGACUUUCAUUCAUGUUCUUCUAACCUGCUAGCAGUGAGUUAUAGAGAAAAUGCCUAAACAGUCAAUGUUAUUCAGAGGAUUAGCAAUGCGACAUCGAGUGUACGGACAACUAGAUCCGCGGGUCAAGGAUUGGUUAUUUAUCGGUGACCCUCUGUUCCCGCUCGUUGUACUGGGAAGCUAUCUGAUGUUUGUCUAUAUCAUUGGACCUCGUUACAUGAAAAACCGUCAGCCCUACGAUCUUCGAUGGGCGAUCAAGGUGCACAAUCUGUUCAUGGUGUUUGCGAAUGCGUACUUCUUUAUUGAAUUUCCGAAAGCUGCUUAUUGCGGCGGAUACAAUCCACUAUGUCAGGGCAUGACGUACGCGACCGAUCCAGCAAGUCUGCGGAUAGUUGAGCUCGGCUGGUGGUACAUGCUUGUCCGCACUCUGGAUCUACUUGAUACGAUCUUCUUCGUGCUGCGCAAGAAGAACAGUCAUAUCACGUUCCAGCACGUUUCCCAUCACUUCUGCUGUCUUUUUACGGGACACAUAUUCUUAUCACUUGGUAUGGACGGCCAUCCGUGGUUCGGAGUGAGCCUUAAUGCUGGCAUCCAUGUCGUAAUGUAUACGUACUAUUUUCUAGCCGCACUUGGGCCCCACAUGAAGCCGUAUCUUUGGUGGAAGAAACAUCUGACCAUUGCUCAAAUUAUACAACAUUACCUUAUCAUUUUCCAUGGAAUAAUUCCUUAUUUCUACGAUUGCAAGUAUCCGAGGUUUCUUCUCAAUCUCGCUCUACCUCAAGGACUCUUAGGUCUCGGUCUAUUCAUCAAUCUCUACGCGUUGUCAUAUACUGGUAAGAAAAGCUGGAGCGACAUUUUCCUACAGGCUACGCCCUGUGUCCUCAGCGAUGAUAACGAUCCGAUGAAGUUCAAGCGACUCCAAGCUGAGCAAGAAGGCUUACUUGUUGGUGAACGUCUCAAAGAUAAGCAUAAUGAUUUCGACGUGAAGUGCCGUGCAAAACAAAUAAAGACAAACUAAUACGUGGAUAUGAAGGUCGGGCAAUGAAAUAUUAUUGUCUCAUGUGUAGUUGUCGACUCGCAUGAGUUGAAGGUCGCUUAUUUUGUAAUUUUUAGGAUACGUAUUGAAAACAAGUGCAACAGACCUCCAUAAAGGACUCGUGAGCUCUGUGAGUGCCUGAAACUCUGAUGCAGAAUAUAAAAAUCGUAUAUACUCUAUCAGGGUGUAGAGAGGUUCGAGUAUUGAAAGAAUUCAAGAAGGAUAGAGAAAUCAUACGUGUUCAACCAACGUUAAAUUUAAGCAGCAAUACUCAUCGUAGUCAAUAGUAUGGUUGAAUAUGCCCGCGCAAUUUUUGUCCUCAACGAGGGCAAGUGUUUUGUUCGUAAAGUAUACAUGAACGCAAACUAGCGUGUGAUAUAUUUAUAA